UUGUUCACUUGUUCAUACCUUAACAAAUUCCUCAUUUCAUCCUCUUUUAUUGUCCCCUUUCUGUUCUUCACUCUUUAAUCCCCCCAAAACCUUCACUUUUCCACUCACAAGUUCGUCAAAAAUCUUGCUGAUCAACCAAGACUCACAAGAUUUCAAUACUCUGAUUGAUUCAAGAAAUCUUGAUGGGUAAUUGUUGUGCCACACCCUCUACAACUGAUGAGUUUGAAAACAAAAAGGGGAAGAAAAAAGAGAACCCAUUUGCAUUAGACAAUGGUGGGUCAAUCCCAUCUGGAAAUGGGUACAAACCUUAUGUUUUAGAGAACCCAACAGGGAUCCAAAUAGAGCUAACAUAUGAUCUUGGUAAGGAGUUGGGUAGGGGUGAAUUUGGGGUCACUUAUUUGUGUACUGAUAAGUCAACCGGUGAAGUGUUUGCUUGUAAAUCGAUAUCGAAAAAGAAGUUGAGAACUCGGAUUGAUAUUGAGGAUGUUAGGAGGGAAGUUGAGAUUAUGAAGCAUUUGCCUCAACAUACUAAUAUUGUGACUUUGAAAGAUACUUUUGAAGAUGAUAGUGCUGUUCAUUUGGUUAUGGAGUUGUGUGAGGGUGGAGAGUUGUUUGAUCGGAUUGUUGCCAGAGGUCAUUAUACUGAACGCGCUGCUGCCGGUGUUACGCGGACUAUUGUUGAGGUUAUUCAGAUGUGCCACAAACACGGUGUUAUGCACCGUGAUCUCAAACCCGAAAACUUUUUAUUUGAAAACAAGAAAGAAACGGCAGCCUUAAAGGCUAUUGAUUUUGGGUUAUCCGUUUUCUUCAAACCAGGAGAAAGAUUCAACGAGAUUGUAGGUAGCCCAUACUACAUGGCUCCCGAGGUCCUAAGAAGAAAUUAUGGUCCCGAAGUUGAUGUUUGGAGUGCUGGCGUAAUCUUAUACAUAUUGCUUUGUGGUGUCCCGCCAUUUUGGGCAGAAACUGAGCAAGGAGUUGCACAAGCAAUUAUUCGAUCUGUUGUAGAUUUCAAACGGGAUCCUUGGCCCAUAGUAUCUGAAAGUGCAAAGGAUCUUGUUAAGAAGAUGCUCAAUCCUGACCCAAAGUUACGUCUUACUGCACAAGAAGUUCUUGAUCAUCCAUGGAUACAAAACGCCAAAAAGGCUCCAAAUGUUUCUUUAGGGGAAACCGUUAAAGCAAGACUCAAGCAAUUCUCCGUAAUGAACAAGCUGAAGAAAAGAGCUUUAAGGGUGAUUGCUGAGCAUUUAUCUGCUGAAGAAGUGGCAGGAAUAAAACAAGGAUUUGAUUUAAUGGAUACUAACAAACAAGGGAAGAUUAAUAUUGUCGAGUUAAAAGCCGGUUUACAAAAGCUUGGUCAACAAAUCCCUGAUGCAGAUCUUCAAAUACUUAUGGAUGCUGGAGAUGUUGACAAAGACGGGUACUUGAACUAUGGAGAAUAUGUUGCGAUAUCAGUUCACUUGAGAAAAAUGGACAGCGAUGAUCAUCUGAAAUAUGCUUUUGCGUUUUUUGAUCGAAAUAAAAGUGGAUAUAUUGAGAUUGAAGAACUAAGAGAAGCUUUAUCCGAUGAACUUGAACCCAACAAUGAGGAAGUUAUUUCGGUAAUUAUUCAUGAUGUCGACACAGAUAAGGAUGGUAGAAUAAGUUUUGAGGAAUUCACAGCAAUGAUGAAGGCAGGAACCGAUUGGAGGAAAGCAUCUCGACAAUACUCACGAGAGCGUUACAAUAAUCUUAGCUUGAAGUUAUUCAAAGACGGAUCAGUGAAUCUAAACUAAUAAUUAGGGAAGAUAAUAUGGUAUCGAGACUAUUAUUGUUAUUGCUUAUGGGCAUUCUUCUAUUCUUGUAAUAUUUUGUUGGGGGUGUAUUCAUUUCAUUUUUAAAGUCUCCCGUGUGGAGUUCAUGUGUUUUAUGCAUGAGUUUGAAAUUAUGAGGGAGUAAAGAAGGGUUUUCUUGGUUUGUUUAUGGAUGUAAAUAUGUAUCUUGUCAGCAAAUCUUGCUUAUGCCAUUGUUUAAAGUAUAAAAAUUUCUGAGUUGCAAGUUCUGUUA